AGGAACGUACGCCUAAGAGGGAGUUCUCUGUGGGGCGCGUUUCCCAGGUUUUAAACGGUUGCUGCUUGGGGAACUCCGGUCAUUUUGCAGCCAUGCCGACGGUAGUGCUGAUGGACGUUUCUCUGUCCAUGACCCGGCCUGUGGCGCUGGAGGGUAGCGAGGAAUUUCAGAGGAAGAACCUCGCUAUCCACGGUCUGACAAUGCUGUUCGAGCACAUGGCCACCAACUACCGACUGGAGUUCACCGCGCUGGUGGCCUUCUCCUCUCUCUGGGAGCUCAUGGUACCGUUCACCAGGGACUACAACACGUUGCAGGAGGCCCUGAGCAAUUUGGAGGAUUAUGACAAGACAUGCCUGGAGUCGGCCCUGCAGGGGGUCAGCAACGUAGUACAGCAAGAGUGGGGCAGUUCUUGCCCCUGCCAGGUGGUUCUGGUAACAGAUGGAGCUCUUGGGAUUGGGAGAGGAUCUCUGCGUCACUCCCUGCUCACCCUGAAGCAUCGCGGGGACGAUAAGAAGUUCCCUCUGCCCUUCCCCUUCCCAGCUAAGCUGUACAUCAUGUGCAUCGCCAACGCAGAGGAGCUCCAGACCAGCGACACGCUUGAGUACCUGGAACAGCUGCUGAGUCUGAACACAGGAGGGGGCCAGAUCUUCACCAUGGAGGGGCCGCUGUGCCUGAAGAGUGUGCAGUCCAUGUUUGGGAAGCUGAUCGAUCAGGCAUACACACCUUUCCACGCUGUGCUGCGCUGUGGGAACCUGUCAUCAGACGUUCAGGUGUUCCCACGGCCAGAGCCCGUCGUCAUCGACGAGGAGGUGGAGCCCAUUCCCCGGACCAUCCUCACAGAAUUGGAGAUCGUGGGCUUCAUUGAGAUAGGUGACAUCUCAAGUCCCCCAGUUUUAUCCAGACACUUGGUGCUGCCCAUCGCUGUAAAUAAAGAGGUGGACGAAGUAGGUGCAGGGACCACAGAUGACACUGAAGAGGAAAGCUCAGCCAAUCAGAUGGCGGGAAAGAGCCCAAAUUUUUGUGUCCUUCUGCAUGGCAGUCUCAAAGUGGAGGGCAUGGUGGCACUCGUGCAGCUGGGACCCGACUGGUACGGCAUGUUGUACUCACAGGCAGACAGCAAAAAGAAGUCCAACCUGAUGAUGUCACUGUUCGAGCCCAGCCCAGAGCCACUGCCCUGGCUGGGGAAGAUCUCUCAGCUGGGGCCUACAUCAGAUGCCAAGGAGAAUCCUUAUGGAGAAGAUGACACCAAAAGCCCAUUCCCCUUGCAGCCCAAGAACAAGCGCAGCUACGCUCAGAACGUCACUGUGUGGAUCAAACCCAGCGGGCUACAGACCGACGUGCAGAAGAUCCUGAGAAAUGCCCGGAAGCUGCCGGAGAAAACGCAGACCUUCUACAAGGAGCUAAACCGUCUGCGGAAGGCGGCCCUGGCCUUCGGUUUUUGGGAGCUUCUGAAGGGCGUGGCCGAGCUGCUGGAGAGGGAGUGUACCCUGCUGCCAGACUCCGCCCACCCAGAUGCAGCUUUCCAACUGUCCCACGCUGCCCAGCAGCUGAAGCUAGCCAGCACCGGGGACUCCCAGUACGCCACCUUCGACAUUAACAUUACCCCAAUGGUGACAGACUUCUCUGGGGGAGACCGGGACAGAAUGUAAGGGGAAAGAAAGGGGGGGGUGGCACA